UCUAAAUCAAAAUUUUUAUUACACAAAACUCUACUAUUCAAUCAUAUCUCAAACCCUACAAUUUUAAAAAAAUUCUAGAGAAAACAUCAUACAUCACUUUCAUACUACUCUCGCAAAAAAGUAAAAAAAAAAACGCAUCACUUUGAAACAUGUCACACAUUUUCAAUUCCAUUUCUUAAGUGGAAAUUAACUGUAAUAAGAAAUUAAAAUAACUUAACUCGUCUUUCUUCUUUCUCUCUCCUCUCCUCCUGUUUUCUCUCUCCAGAAUCUCUCACUCCAGAAUAGCAGCAGCAUCACUCGCCCUAGAUUUCUCACCAUUUCUAGGGUUUUUUCCGAUGCUCUAAUUUCAUCUCAAUUUCCACCAAUUUCUACCUUAAUUUAUCGUUUUUUCUUCUAAUUCCAUCGAAAUUUCGUUAAUUUUGAUGAACAAGUUCGUGAUUCAAUUCGGUUCGAUUUGGUUUCACUUUAAUGGCGAAUUUCAGCUUUUCGAUGGUUCAAUUUUUACUCUUCUUGCUCUUCUCAAACCCUAGAUUUUUUCCUUGUCUAGCAUCUUCAUCGUUAAAUGGUGGUGCUGAAUCUAGCUUAGUUUAAUUUAUUAUAUAUAUACAUAUAUAUUGCUACUGUAAUGUCGAGUUUUCGUUGUUGGAUGAUACUACUGUUGCUACUGUUUUUGUUAAACCCUGGAUUUCUGUCUCCGGUAGUAUAUGCUUCUUUGUUUACGGAUGAUAUUGAUGUUGAAUCGAGUUUAUUGUUAUUCCAUCAUGAUUAUUCGCCACCUUCGCCGCCUCCGCCUCCGCCGCAUCCCCCCACAGUAUCAUGUGAGGGGGAUCUAGAAGGUGUUGGUACUUUGGAUACUACUUGUCAGAUUAUAUCUGAUUUGAAUCUUACUGAGAGUGUGUAUAUACAAGGGAUGGGCAAUUUUUUCAUCCUCCCUAAUGUAAAAGUGAACUGUUCUACAGUUCCUGGGUGUGAGAUUGCUAUCAAUAUUACGGGUAAUUUCAGCUUAGGGGAGAACUCUACUAUUAUUGCUGGUACUUUUGAUUUAGCUUCCUGGAAUGCAACAUUUGGUGAGGGGUCAGUGAUAAAUACUACAGGAUUAGCUGGUGAUCCCCCGUCUCAGACGAGUGGCUCACCUGCUGAUCUGGAUGGGUCGGGUGGGGGCCAUGGUGGGCGAGGUGCGGGUUGUGUGAUGGAUGAUUCUAAGAGCCCCGAGGAUGUUUGGGGUGGGGAUACUUAUUCUUGGUCGUCAUUGGAUCAGCCUUGGAGUUACGGGAGUAAGGGAGGGACUACGAGUAAGGAAACAGAUUACGGUGGGGGAGGAGGUGGGAGGAUUAGGCUUCAUGUGAAGGAGUAUCUUGUGGUCAAUGCACAGGUUUUGGCUGAUGGUGGCGAGGGAGGAAACAAAGGUGGUGGCGGUUCUGGUGGGAGCAUCCACAUCAUGGCUUACAAGAUGUCAGGAGAUGGUAUGGUAAGUGCAUGUGGGGGUAAUGGUUUUGGUGGUGGAGGCGGUGGGAGAGUUUCCAUUGAUGUUUUCAGUUGGCAUGAUGAGCCAAAAAGUUUUUCUCAUGGUGGAAUUAGUUACGGAUGCUCAGACAAUGCAGGUGCUGCUGGGACUCUUUAUGAUGCCGUUCCUCGCAGCCUUAUUAUUAGUAAUCACAAUCGUUCUACACAAACAAACACCUUGCUAAUGGAUUUUCCUAAUCAGCCUCUUUGGACCAAUGUUUAUGUGCGAAACCGUGCGAAGGCAUCAGUUCCAUUGCUUUGGAGUCGGGUGCAGGUUCAAGGCCAAAUUAAACUUGAGGCUGGUGGAGAAUUGAGCUUUGGGCUGGCACAUUUCGCUACGUCAGAGUUUGAACUAUUGGCUGAGGAAUUGUUGAUGAGUGAUUCUGUGAUCAAGGUGUAUGGCGCACUUCGUAUGUCUGUGAAAAUGUUUUUGAUGUGGAAUUCUCAAUUACUAGUAGAUGGUGGCGGAGAUAUCACAGUUGCGACAUCCUUGCUGGAGGCCAGUAAUCUACUGGUUCUAAGGGAAUCAUCCUCCAUACACUCUAAUGCGAACUUGGGAGUUCACGGACAAGGUCUGUUGAAUUUGACAGGUCCUGGUGAUGUGAUUGAGGCACAGCGUCUGGUGCUUUCUUUAUUUUAUGGCAUCCAUAUCGGGCCAGGAUCAAUUUUGCGUGGUCCAUUGAAGAAUGCAAAGAAAGAUGACAUGACGCCGAGGCUUUAUUGUCAUCGCAAUGACUGUCCUAUGGAAUUGCUGCAUCCCCCUGAAGAUUGCAAUGUCAAUUCAUCGUUGUCCUUCACUCUCCAGGUAUGCAGAGUUGAAGACGUAAAUGUUGAAGGCACAAUUCAAGGAUCAGUUAUUCAUUUUCAUAGAGCCAGGACUAUAGAUGUAGGCGCAUCUGGAAUGAUAAGUGCAUCUGGCUUGGGGUGCACAGGUGGAAUUGGCCGGGGAAAGGUUCUUGGUGAUGGGCUAAGUGGUGGUGGUGGUCAUGGUGGCAAUGGCGGGGUUGGAUGUCAUGGUGGUACUUGUGUUGAGGGUGGGACAUCAUAUGGAAGCACUUAUUUACCAUGUGAACUUGGCAGUGGAAGCGGAAAUGAGAGCUUAACUGGUUCGACUGCUGGUGGUGGUAUUGUUGUUAUGGGUUCCAUGGAGCAUCCAUUGUCAAGCCUUUCUGUUGAGGGCUCACUGAAAGCUGAUGGAGGAAGCUAUCAAGAUGGCAGUAGCAAAGAUUACACUGUUUUUGACAGCCUUGGUGGAGGCCUUGGAGGUGGAUCUGGUGGCACUGUUCUUUUAUUCUUGAGGACAUUGACUAUUGGCGAUAAUGCCACCCUUUCUAGUGUAGGUGGCGGUGGUGGUCCACUGGGUGGUGGUGGUGGUGCUGGUGGCAGGGUCCAUUUUCACUGGUCUGAAAUUCCUACAGGUGACCUUUAUCAGCCGAUUGCCAGUGUUAGAGGAAGAAUAAUCACUGGGGGAGGAUCAGGUGGUAAUGAAGGUGGGGCUGGAGAAAAUGGAACAGUGACAGGAAAAGUUUGUCCAAGAGGCCUCUACGGCACCUUUUGCAAGGAAUGCCCCCCUGGUACCUACAAAGAUGUCAUUGGAUCUGAUGAAUCCCUGUGCCAUCAUUGUCCGACACUGGAGCUUUCCCACCGUGCCAUUUACAUUAGUGUCAGAGGUGGCGUCACUGAAGCUCCGUGUCCAUACAAGUGUAUUUCAGACAGAUAUCAUAUGCCACACUGCUAUACGGCCCUUGAGGAGCUGAUCUAUACAUUUGGAGGACCUUGGUGGUUUGGUCUUAUUCUAGUGGGCCUCUUAAUCUUAUUGGCUAUUGUGCUCAGUGUGGCACGUAUGAGGUUUGUUGGGGUUGAUGAAUUACCAGGUCCUGCUCCAACUCAACAUGGCUCUCAGAUAGACCACUCUUUCCCAUUCUUGGAGUCACUUAAUGAGGUCCUGGAAACAAAUAGAGCUGAGGAGUCUCAGAGCCAUGUUCACAGAAUGCAUUUAAUGGGCCCAAACACAUUUGCUGAACCUUGGCACCUCCCUCACUCACCACCAGAACAAUUAAAAGAGAUUGUGUAUGAGGGUGCAUUUAAUAGAUUUGUAGACGAGGUUAAUCUUCUAGCAACAUAUCAAUGGUGGGAGGGAUCAGUGUAUAGUAUACUUGGUGUGUUAGCAUAUCCAUUGGCAUGGUCUUGGCUCCAAUGGCGACGCAGGAUCAAAUUGCAGCGACUUCGUGAGUUUGUUCGAUCAGAAUAUGAUCAUGCGUGCUUACGAUCUUGUCGUUCACGUGCCCUUUAUGAAGGAAUCAAGGUUGCAGCUACUCCUGAUCUGAUGCUGGCGUAUGUGGAUUGUUUCCUUGGCGGUGAUGAGAAAAGGAGUGAUCUCCCUCCUCGUCUACAUCAAAGAUUUCCUUUGGCUAUACAUUUUGGUGGUGAUGGAAGUUACAUGGCACCCUUCACCCUUCACAGUGACAAUAUUCUUACUAGCCUCAUGAGUCAGUCUGUGCCGCCAACCACUUGGUACCGUCUGGUGGCUGGUCUUAAUGCGCAUCUACGCUUGGUUCGUCGUGGAUGCUUAAGGAAAACUUUCCGACCUGUUAUCAGGUGGUUUGAAAGUCAUGCUAACCCGGUGCUGAAGAAUUAUGGUUUACGUAUUGACCUAGCUUGGUUUCAAGCCACAACUUGUGGUUAUUGUCAGUAUGGUCUCUUGGUGUAUGCUGCUGAUGAGAACAUUGAGUCUCUAUCCACUGAGUGCCAAGAUGGGAGAAUGCGAGCUGAGCAACCUCCAAGUAUCUGUGGAGGGAAUUCAUCAAUAAACCACUGGGAAGAUGCCCUCUUGGACCAUGUUAGUAAGAGGAGUGAAUAUUUGAUAAGGCAGAAGAGGUCAUAUGGAGCAAUUCUGGACAACAAUAAUAUACGUGAUCUGGAAGAAAAGAAAGAUAUUUUCUUUCCCUUCUCUCUCAUUCUUCAUAAUACUAAGCCUGUGGGGCACCAGGAUCUUGUUGGUUUGGUCAUCUCCAUAUUACUGUUGGGGGAUUUCAGUCUAGUGCUGCUUACUUUACUCCAGCUGUAUUCAGUAUCGAUGGUGGAUGUCUUUCUUGUUUUGUUCAUUUUACCACUGGGUAUUCUUCUUCCAUUUCCCGCUGGAAUUAAUGCUCUGUUUAGUCAUGGUCCUCGGCGUUCAGCUGGUCUUGCACGUCUGUAUGCUCUGUGGAACAUCACCUCUCUGGUCAACGUUGUGGUUGCAUUUAUUUGUGGUUAUGUUCACUACAAGUCUCAAGCAUCACGAAGCAAACUGAUACCUUAUCUGCAGCCAUGGGGCAUGGAUGAAAGUGAAUGGUGGAUUUUUCCAGUGGGAUUGCUUUUGUGUAAAUGUCUUCAGUCCCGACUGAUCAAUUGGCAUGUUGCAAAUUUGGAGAUACAGGAUCGCUCAUUGUAUAGUUCUGACUUUGACGUAUUUUGGCAGUCAUAAGUCAUAACAUCAAUUUUUCUGUCUCUUGCCCGAGUAUUUAGAUUUUUUGUAUGUUGUUCUUGGGCGACGAUGAGAGAAACAAAGAACUUAUAAGGGAAAAGGAAAAAAAAUAGAAAAAGAAAACAACAGGAGUAAAAGAAAUUAUUAGGCCUAGGGUAAAUGCCAUUCUUUUGUGUAGCUGAUCUUUUGUGUAGUCUUUUGUAUCUCAUUUUGUAUAUAAUAGGUACAUAUGUGCUUCGCUUUUUGGCCAUGUAUCAUUCUUCCUGACAUAAAAUUGGAUGUUUGACAAAUGUACCAUAUUUAACAAAAUACUUGUGAUUCA